CCCCCUACAAUGUCAAAUUGUUAGGCUUACAAAUGGAGUCUAAUGGAGGCGAUUUAAUUAAAAUAGUUGGAAAAUCACCAUAAAAUGAUGAGAAAACCGAAGCAAAUGGUAAAGAACGAUUUAUUUUUAGUGAGGAUUUGUUCGGGUCGUUUUGAAACAGUGAGUGUAUGACUAAAUAUCAUCAAAACGUAUAUGUUUACAAUUCGGACAUGGGAGCCACCUCUGCUAUUUGACAAUCUACUUUUUGCAGUUAUUUACCUAUUUUAUUUAUAUUUUGCCUCCAAAACAUUGUAAAUUUGGAUUCUGCUAGUGUUCAGAGGCAUAACGGCUUUGUGGGAAAUAUGGAAACCCAUUAGAAACACCACUUUUACAUUGUGCAUAUAGCGUAUGCAAGAAAUUUUGUGUUUUUAAUUAUUGCAGCAUUCAGUGGUUCUAAAAAAGCUGUCUGUAAUGGUUUGCCACAAUUAAUAUGAACCUUUGAUAAACUAAGAAAGUUGAUACAUGGUAAUCCCGUACACUUCAGUAUUUUAAAACUAUGUAGUCUCAUAGGCGAAACAUUCUUUGUCCUAUUGAAGUGAGAUGUCACAGAGAGCAAAGAGGCCUAAUCGAUCUGAGGAUGGCUCUGUCCCUGUUAAAAGGCGCAAACGGACGGCGACCGAGGAAGAGGAGGCGGCCUCCCUGGCCGCAGCACAAGCAUCCCAAGGAUCUUGGCAACCCCGUGCUAGUGACCUCAAAACUAUAUACAAUCGAACUACGACUGAGGCUCCGGCUGAACUCUUUCGUAAAGAUCUGAUUAGUGCCAUGAAAUUGCCAGAUUCUGAACCUCUGGCUCAAGAUGAAUACUGGAUAAUUAUAGACCAGUGGAAGCAAGAGUGGGAGCGAGGAGUUCAAGUACCGGUUAAUCCUGAUUCACUACCAGAACCAUCUGUUUGUGUGACCAGGACUAGACCCUACAAGAUCCAAAAAGAUUUUAAACUGCCCAAGAACAAAUACAUUCGAAUAACCAAGGACGACAAUUUUGACGGGGAGAGUCACGCCUUUUCAAACGCUCCAGCUCAAGCAGAAGCCGCUUGUUCUUAUGACUUGGAUGAAUUUGAUGUGUCUUGGCUCCGCAUAUUGAAUGCGGAACGAGCUUCAUGUGGUUUAAACUCAAUAUCGGAAGAUCAGCUGGAAAGAGUUAUUGAGAGACUUGAACUGUGUUGUUGGGACAAAAUACAAUCCAUUUUGAGAAACGAGGAAGGUCUAGGAAUUGAAUAUGACGAAAACGUUAUAUGCGAUGUCUGUAGAUCGCCCGAUUCCGAAGAUGGAAAUGAAAUGGUAUUUUGUGACAGUUGCAAUAUUUGUGUACACCAGGCGUGCUAUGGAAUUACGAAAAUACCUGAAGGUCAAUGGCUGUGCUGUACUUGCUAUAUUGGCAAAAGGCCCGAUUGCAUGUUGUGUCCGAAUAAAGGGGGAGCGAUGAAAUCAACCCGCACGGGAUAUAAAUGGGCUCACGUAUCUUGUGCACUUUGGAUACCUGAAGUCAGUAUUGGUUGUGUAGAAAAAAUGGAACCCAUCACAAAGAUCUCAAGUAUUCCUUCCAGCCGAUGGGCGCUAAUAUGCGUACUUUGCCGCGAACGAAGAGGUGCGUGCAUUCAGUGUUCAGUGAAAACGUGCAAGACUGCGUAUCAUGUAACGUGCGCUUUUAAACAUGGACUAGAAAUGCGUGCUAUCAUUGAAGACGAAAACGCUGAUGACGGAGUCAAGCUUAGAUCGUACUGCGAAAAACACAGUAAAUCUAGUAAGAAAAGUGAAAAAAGUGUGUGCUCAGGAUCUGAAGACGAUGAUUCAAAAAGGAAGAAACGGAAAGACAUGACAAACGAAGAAAAGAAUCAAGCUAGGGCUGCAAGGUUGCAAGAAAUAGAGGCCGAAUUUUUCAAACAUGUGACAGUAAAAGAUAUUAAUGUGCAUAUCGAAGUAGACCACGAAGGAUUGGUGUCCAUCUAUAAUUACUGGAAGUUGAAGAGGAAAGCCGGCAGUAAUAAACCGCUUUUACCGCCGAAAUCUGAGGACGUCGAUGUCUUAUCCCAUAAAAGAGAACAAGCAGACCUGGAAAAGAUGAAAAUGUUUGUUCAACUUCGCCAGGACUUAGAACGGGUUCGAAAUUUGUGCUACAUGGUGAGUAGAAGAGAAAAAUUAAGGCGCACCUUUUUCCGAUUGAGAGAACAAACGUUUUAUAUGCAAGCCACAUUAUUGCAGAAUUCCGCAGAUACUUUACCAAACACUGUUACUCAGGCUGUGAUGGAGGCGAAUCAUGGCCCUUCCAUUUAUGACCGCUUAUACUCUCAUAAUGAAGCUGAAGAUCAUACUUUAGAUUUCGAAGUGAAUUUAGCUAGAAUAGCUGGAGUUAAGUCGCCUUUACACUCAGGGGAUGAACAAAAAUCAGAUGCAAAUGGACUUUUACGUGAUUUAAAUCCUUAUAAAAAAGUCUAUUUAAAUGGGUCUUCCAAAAGGAGAAGUGCCAGCUUAUAUGGUAGCAGUUUAUCAAGCGCUGAAAGCAGCGAUGAAAAACCUAAGAAUGCUAAAGAAGGUCAGCGUAGAAGUAGUUCCGAAGAUGAUAAACGAUCACAUAAAAGAAAAACAGCUUUGCCUAAAAAACAAAAUCCAAGGAAAAAACGAGUUAUAUCGAGAAGUAAAAUUGACAGUAGUAGUGAAGAUGAAUCACAUCCAGUGAGCACAGAAAAAUCGACACGUUCCCGUUUGGGACAGAUAGCUAGCGAGCUUGGUGAUACCGGGAGUGAAAGCGACGAAUUAUUACCAAUAAAACCUACUCGUAAAUGUGACAGUCAAAAGAAUAUGUCGUCAAUAUACUCAGAUAGUGAAAGUUCUGAUGUGUCAAUGAAAAAUGAUGACAAAUCCUCAAACACAACAAAUGAUCCGCAGAGCACACUCAGAACUAAAGCGGCUGUGAAAGAGUUUGCCAAUAAACCUGGUAGUUCCAGAACCUCCAACAAUAAGUCUAGUUCGGAACAGUUGAAGAAAAAACCGAAGCUAGAUGAAAAAUUAACGAAAAGGACGGAUUAUGUUCAGUCAGAUCUCAUAGUGCCACAAAGGCAAGCAGCGAAGAAAGCCUCGGAAAAUCUGAAACUGACAAAUCGCUCUAAAGAAUUGCAUACGAUGCUCAAUCAGUUGGAGGAUCCCAGUCCGCUAAGAUCAGAUGACAAAGAGAGGAAAGAGGUGAGGGUAAAGUCGAAAGGUAAAUCCCCCAGGGAGAUACCGAGGGACAAACUAGAAAACGAACCUAAGGAAAAAGAUAAAAAGAAGGAGCACAAGCAAACCACUCCAGAUCAAUCUAAUAGAGAAGUUGACAGUCAAGAUCUAUUGGCAUUUGUUCCACAGAGGCAAGCGGCUAAGAAGGCAGCGGAGCACAUCAAAAGUGGAAUGGGAAAAACGGUUCCCGUUGUAUCUUCUGAUAUAAAUCCGCUGUCGGAAAGCGUAAGAAAAGAUGCACAUGAGACAAACGCAAAGGCGAAAAAGGAUGUUGAAGCCAAACCAAAACCGGAAAAUAACAAGAAAGAAGCGGAAAUACCUAAACCACCAACUAAAGUUCAUGAAGCGAAGAGAAAGGCAUCAAUGCAGUCUGCCAACUCGUCGAGCAGUUCAUCAUCUUCUUCGAGUAGUUCGUCGGAUUCAGAUACUACUUCCAGUUCAGACAGCGAAUGUGAACCACAGCCGGAGAAACAGACUACUUCUCAAUCGCAGUCGGAGGGCGUAUCUUCGGUGAUUUCGCCUCGAGAAACGGCUAAGCGAAGUAUUCACGCCAAGGACUGGCCCUUUCUUGACAAGGGACCCCGUCCAACGGCGUCCUCAUCUUCCUCUUCCGACUCGAGCGAUUCCAGUGCACCUUCAACGCCUCGCAAAGUUUCCUCAACGCCGCCAAAAGCGUCAUCCCCGUCAACGGCAUGGAAACCCUCCUCGGUUGCGGAGAGAAAACCGUCCCCUGCGCCAAUUAAGAAACCCCCAGUCACUGCAUCUAGAAAACCCUCCCCUACUGCAGCCAGAAAAACAUCUCCUGUCUCGGCUAGACAGCCGUCUCCAGUUAGAAAGAAACCAAACUCUUUCGUUAGAAAACCGUCACCUUCACCACCAAAAAUGUCAUCUGCGUCGCAGCCAAAAACCGCCAAAUCACAGAAUGCAGACAAUUCAACACGGAACAGAAAACCCAGUUCCGAUAAAGCUGCGCCGCCUGUUAAAAGAGAGGAAUCGGCACGUCGAGGGCGAGGACGAGCUCAACGAAACCGAUCUACCCGCUGUUCACAAUCCUCCAGUGAUCGAGUCGGAGAAGUUAAUGCUCGGACAAGAGAUCUGUUUGAUGACCAGCGUGUCAGUAUGGAAAGAGAGCAACCUAAAGACAAUCGCAAGACAAAAUCAAGCCUUAGUAGUACAUAUUCAAAAGUUGAAGAAAUUUCCAAAACCGAUGUCAAGCUAUUCCCUCCGCUCAAUAAGGCGGACAAGAAGCUAAAGGAAAACUUUUCCGAGUUAAGUCACAACGAGAUUGAUUUGGAACGGGAAAUUAGGGAGCGAAAAGCUGAUAAAGAAAAGGACGGGUACGCAAAGUCAAUAUCCACACUUGACCGACUAUUUGGAACACCAAAUAAGAAAGCUCUUGGAUCAACUAUCGUCAAAGAACAACCGCUGAAAACAGUGGAAGAACAUCAAAAUCUUCGGGCAGAUGUUAAAGUGAAGAACAGCAGAAGAGACAAGGUAUUGGAAAAGUCUGUAGAGCCACAUCACGACUUCAAUAAAGUGGAGCAUUUAAUGAAGUCGCCAAAUAAAGAGCUGAAGGAACACAUUGAAGACUCACAAGUAUCAGACAAGUUCUCUAUAAACAGAAAAUCUCCCUCGAAGUCCAAAAUUCUUGAAAAAUGCAUGUCUGGUGACACAAAAGAAAAUAUUAACGAACUUGGAUUAUCUUCACAUAAAGAUACAAAUAUUCGUGACGAGAUCUGUACAGCAGAUAAAAUUGUUGAAGAUCAUUUACAAUCACAAAAAUUGAAGGACUAUGAUACACAGAUUGAAUCGAGAGCACAAUGCGUAAUUCCUUCGUAUAGUUUGGAUGUUAACAGGACAGAGCUUAAUGAUUAUGAUCGAGAAACUACUAAUGCGACUAAAUCACUCGAAGCGCUCGAAGCUAAGCCAAUGUUUUCUCCGCCUUCACAGACGAAAGAACCAGAUUUAUUAGAUUUUGUGAAUUUCGAUGAUAGUUUUGAACUAACUAAGGAAGAUAUGUUGAAAGGACCCAUUCCAUUCGCCUUUAAUAAUUCAUCUAUUGGAGAAGAUACCAAAGAAGACAGUGCAAGAGAAACAUUAAAUUUGGUAGAGAAACUUCGAAUGGGAUUAACUAAAAAGUCGACUGGAGGAGAUACUGAUGAUGGAGGAACUAGCAAUGAUGUAGAAAGCGAUAAAGGAGAACACAUGGAACAGGUGGUUCCUGAUAAUACCAUUUCUGCAGUGGUGAUACCAGAAACGGUUAAUCGAGACCUUGCUAUUAUGAAUACGAACAAUUUCUGCAAUCAAAUUCCAAAAGAAAUUGACAACAUGCAAUCGAAUCAUAUUGGUCAGCCACCACACUUUUCCCUUCCAAAUUCACUUCCACCCAAUUCUACAGAUUGCUUGAAGACUGUUUAUCCUACGGCAAAUCAAGAAACUCUUGAACCAAAUGCUGCUUUAGGUAAUGAACGAUGGGUGCCACCUAAUGGAAAUUAUUCUUAUCUGCACUCUAAUUCGUAUAUGAACGAUCCGCAAUUUCUACAUCAAGGUAACAUGCAUCAAGCAUCUCAACUAUUGGAAGAGAUUCAGGAGCCUUUAACCUCUAAUCCAUUAGUUGCACCACAACAAACUCCGAUAAAAGAGUCACCGUUACCAGAUCCAAGAAUAUUACAAACACCAAUGUCGAUAGACUGCAUGCCCAGUCCAUCACCUUACCCCGAUAUUCAUCCACAAGCCAAAUGGGCUGAUAGCGCAGUUAUGCCCAGUCGGAGAUCUUCUAGUUCCAGUGAAAGCUCCAGCUCAAGUUCGAAAAGAGAGGAAGACGAGUCCAAAGUGCAACCAAAUGCGAGAAUUGGCAAUCAUUCUUCAUCGGAAAUGGGUUCAUUCAUACAUUGCCAACUGCCAUAUCCACAGAAUCAUUUGGAUAACUUUGGUAGUUUUCCGGAUCCUUCUAUUGUGCCAGUCAGUUUAUUUCCACCACCAAAAGUCAACCCGCAGAUAUCAUUUACACCUACAGGAUCUACUGGUGUAUUUCCUCCUGCAUUUGGAGCACCAUUCCCCACGCCAUCAUGCACAGCUCUUACCAAACCUGUGGAAGAUUCGAUUCCAUAUUCUGCAGCUUUCACGUCAUCUGAGCAUAAUAUGGCAUUCACUGCAGCCAUGGUUAACAUUCCUACUUCCGUUGGACCAGCUGAUGAACAAGCCAUGGAACCAUCCAAGCCUGAACCAAUCGCAGAUAUUCCCGCUCCAAGUAGUAAAGCGUCGAUAGAAGAAGUGGUACCAUCUUCAUUAGCCAGCAGUGAUGUCCCGCCGGUAUCUGCUACUUUACCAUCUCCAAAUACAACCGUUAAAAGUGCAGGUAAAAAAUCGCCUAGUAAACCAACCAGAACGUCAGCGCGGGUCACUUUGCAAAUGAUGAACAAAUCUCCUGCGAAAAGUCCAGGAAAAAGCCCCCGGCAGGAGCCGUAUCAACGACAAAGUGGAUCAGGCAGAGGAAAAGGCGAAAGUAGAAGGGGUUCAGGCAAAUCUGGAUUGUCCAAGUCACAGAUCUCAUCGAGAGGUAGAGGUCGAGGUAAAGGUCGGGGCCGAGGUGCACAUCAUAACGAUUUUGAUUUCAUCAAUGCAAACACCAUACAUAACAAAUUAGUAGGAACAGUGUAUGAUCUCGAUUUCGAUGACGACAUAUGUAACGAGAAUAUGGCGGAUCUGAAGUCAAUGAGAGAAAGAAGAAAAUCUGUUGACAUCCAUGAGAAAAAGUUCGAUUCGUUUUCUUCUCCGAGGUCGCCGAAAUUCUCUAGCCCGAAAAACCGAUUUACUGAUUUGCGGGAUUUGAAACCUCCCAGUCCACGCGAAGACAGUCGUUUGAAAGUUGACCUUGUUGCUCUUGGCAAUCAACCGGCGGUUCCAUUUCCGGAUGUUGCUCCGCUCUUACCGGGACCAGUUGAUAUGAGGACUUACAAUAGUGGAUCGAGCAGUGAUUUCAAUCAACCUCGCUAUAGCGAGCAAAACUUAUUGAACUCAUUCGAUUCUGGCGCAGCAGAGGCUCAAGCGCAUGAAGAGCUCGAUAAAGACUUUGAAAAAGAACUGCAGACAGCACUAACCAUAAACAAAGUUGAAGAACUCCCAGUGUCGGUUUCAGAAUUCGUCAGAAACAAUAACAGCAAUAUGAAAGUGUCGUUAUCGGAUUCCCGAAACCAGCUUAAGGUGAAAAUCAAGGGACCAAUUGCUAAUUAUACUUUUCCUGUUACGCCUUUACCACCACCUGCGAUUGAUAAUGUUGCCAACAUAACAGCGAAUGCUUCAAACAACAUCGUUGGCAAUAUACCUAUUGGAAUAUCGACAGGGGGAACUUCCAGUUUGAGACGAAUGCGCAAAAAAGAGCUUCUCAGACAGUACUGCACGCAAGAUAUGAACAUGGAUGAUCCAUCAAGUAUGUGCAGUUUUAGCGUAAUCCCACAGGCAGUGAUCCCAGUAAAUCGGACAUCAAUUACCAUUCCAAAGGCCGUCGCAUCAAUGACUAGUAUUCCAACUAAGGACGAUUAUCGAGAUUAUCGAACUGAUGAUCUCCAUGAGAGCAAAUACCAUAAAAAAUCUCGCGGGCUAUCAAGGGAGCUGAAACAAUUGGACAUGGUUGACGAUCUGAGCCAUAGAAGACGUGGUUCAGCUGGUAGUAAUGCAUCGAUCCCUGCCGACGCCGUCAAGCAUAAAACCAGAGGACGGCCAGCUAGAAACUCGCAAGCUACUCCAAAGUUGAAAAUCAAACUGGGAGCUACCAAUAGUAUAGUUCCAGAAGAGAAAAGCGACGAGCCUAGUGCGAGGCCGCCCAAGAAGCGUCUGGCCACUAUGUCGAAACCUUCUGUCGAAGAUCUGAAACGCGACAGCAUGAAAUUCCGAAAACAAAUCAUGGCAGACUUGAAGGUGAUGGGGAAGAAGCGUGACAAAAACGACAAACACAAAAAGAAAGAUCGCAAAAAGUCGGGACCGAAAGUGCAAAUAAUAUCAGCUGAAACAACACCAACCAAGAUGAUAUUUCGAUUCGAAAAAUCCAAACGGCGAGUUGAUAAAGUGCGGACUAGUUGUGAUAUUAAUAAUGAAAAAGACGUACGGACUAAGGACUCAAAAGAGCCUCCAGUUGACGAGAAUACAUUUCCUAAAAUUACUCCAAUCAAACUGAAAAUUUCUAGGUGUGGUGAAGGUUCUGGUUAUAUUAUGAAACCUCCAUCGGAAACAGAUUCCGCGAAAAUGGAAGAUCAAACGUCACAACCUGGUCAGCCCCCUCCUGUACCGGCGGAACCGGAUCCUUUAGAGGGUCUUCCCAACGCCCUUCAACAAGCACCUCCACCUUUACCACUCAAUAAAGACUGUGAGGUUAGGUGAUAAUUGUGUAAUAAAACAUAUUUAGUUAGCAAAGGAAACGGGCAAUUGUGGCGAUUGCCCAUCAGGCGAUGUACCUGAGCUAAAUUAGAGCAAUUGUUCUUAAAACAUCACUGUGCAGGGUUUGGGACCCGUUCUUGAGAUUAUGUGGUAAGACAUACAUUGUGAGAGUAUGACAACGUGCGCAUAUGGUUGUGAGUUGUUCGGUUUAGUCUGCUUUUAAUAUUUCCACUUUUCGAAAAUUCACUUGUGCAUGAUUCUUUUAGUGGAAAACUUUUUACUUUUUGAAUGAUCUUAGCUGAUUGAAUGAUAGAUAUUCAACUAUAAUUUUACAUAUACCAUUUUUAAUCUGUAACAUUGUCUACUUUAUCUGAAACCUUGAUGUAAUAAAGAUAUGUUGAGGCAUAUUUUCUCAAAGCCAUAGUUGACACAAAGUAAUAACUGUUUUUUUUUUAUUGAUCAUAUUUUGAUAGUUGUACAAAUUACCCGUCAUGAAAUUGUAUUGUGGAAUUGAAUUUGAAUUAAUUCAUUAAUUGCUGGUAAUUAAGGCAACAAAAACAUGUUUAUAUCUCAAAUAAACAUUUCUUGUUGCCUAUUUAUCUAGUACGUUCCUAACUCUUCCCAUGUAUCUAGUACUAAACAUUUUUAAAUUAUUAUUAAAUUUAAUAAUUAAAUUGUCCAUAUACAAAACAGCAAUUGUAAUUUUAUCCAUUUUAUUAUUGUCAUUCUAAAUAUUCUUGGUUGAUAUUUAUUCACUGCAUUUCGAAUAAAGUAGCGUCAAUUCAUAAAAGUUAAUUAAUAGGCCAAUUCACACAGCUAACACAUUUGUGGGUACUUGGAAUAGAUACUAAUGUUUAUCGGUUAUACAUGAGGAUCAUUUGUUAUUUGGUGGUAUUUACUAUGUGUUAUAUUAACAGCAUUAAAUACAAAUAUAAUAAAAUGGACUUUUUGAAGGAAUUGAGUCAGCAACUGUGAUGUCCAGUUUUUCAUGAUUUGAAUUGGCAAUAUUUUUAAAUGAGUGAGAUCGCAUUGAGUAAAUUCACAAAUUUAUACAAAGUUCUAUAUGCAGGUAUAUGAUUUGAUCUUUUAAUUAUAGUGAGCAUAUUUUACCAACAAAUAAUGUAAAAUCCUCAAAUGAGACCGCCAAUUAAUUUCAACCAUUUUUUUUUACUUACAAUGUUUGGUGUAUUUUGCUCAUUUGUCAGAAGUUGCGUUUUUCCUGCCUAUUGCUCAUUUAUAAUGAGUUUCUUUUUUUCUUGUUUUCUUUUUUUCUUCUUUUGUAAUAACUACUCUACCUUUUUUCUAUUGAAUAUGUUUGUUUUGUUUUCUUAUUAUUGCUACUACUUUAAAUAAUACACAUGGCUUCAUGUGCAUUACUUUAACUGGACAUAUAUUCCUUAAUCGAUAUUAGAAAUAGUUUGAAAUUUUGUGUAUGAUCAUCAUCAUCACAUAAGCAUUAGUAUCUCAAUUUUCAAGUCACUUCACUUGUUUUGAAGACGAUAUUGUGCCUUGUAGUUGGAUUAAAUAUCAUUCGAAAAUUGAUUACUUUUUGAUUGUCCGGAAAAUAGCCCAAAUUCCAAAAGUGGUUCAGUCAUAUGAGUAACCAAUAUACAUAUGGUAAAUAUGUUUCUGCGGUCUUUGAACAUUACGAAACACAUGUUUGGUUAUUUCAAUUCUCUUUUCUUUUUGUAUACUACAAAAAUAUCUAAUUAAAUUAAUAUUCAAAACGCGACGAUGACGCGUGAGAUAGUGUAGGUUUUAAUGUUUGUGUGAUAUUUAUGAAGUUUUAUUUAUAAUAAAAUAGAAUGGUAUUGUACAGAUGUUGACAGCAGUUCCGAACCCUGCGGCCACAUUGUUAAAAUGUCUUAGCGCUUAGAUUAUGAAAUAAGGUAGAGAAUAAAAUAAGUUAUUAAUUUGUACAAAGUCAAUUAUAUAAGGCCACGAUUCGUAAAACAUUGUAAUCAUAUUUUUGUACAUAUUGUAAGUUUAAAUGUGAAUACUUUUUAAAUAUAGUGCUAUUUAUAUUUCCAUUUUAAGUGAUUCGCAUUGAUCAUUUUUAUUAAAUCUAAAGCAUUGGCGAGGGUGCACGCAUAUUGAGCAAAUGGCUUGCCGUGCAAUAUUUUGAAUAAUACAAGUGAAACAAAGUGAUAAGUAUUAUAUAACAUUUGUAAUGAGCUUAUCACGGUACUUUUUAUUAAUAAUUAUUUUGAAUAUUUUUUUCGGGUUUCUAUUUACAACGCUGAUAUGCAAAAAAUUGUAAGAUAUUCAAUAACUUAUUUGAAGAGAUUUCCUAAAAUGUCUAGUGAAAAUUAAGCCAUUUGUUCUUUUCUUGUGGGCCAGCCAUUAUGCUGUGUGAACUCGUUGAUUUGCAACAUAGAAAACUUUCCACAAGAAAAACUUUUGAACAAAAUUAUUUUGAAUUGAUUUCCAUCACUUAAACUCACCUUGUAAAUCCUUUCUUUCGGCAAUAAAGAAAUAGUUUCAGUUUAUUUCAUUUUACUAUUAAAAUAAUUCACUCGAGACUAAAAGUUCCAUCUGACACCAAACUAUAGUGCUCUACGUUCAAGUACUUAAAUACAGGGUGUUCCGUAAGCAUAUGAUCAAAAGGAUACUGCGAUAUUCUUUGCAUCAAAAGAAGACGAUCUGACCUAACUUUUAUUAACGAAAACUGUCUGGCUCUUCUGCUGUUAAUGAUCAAAGUUGUUCAAAAAAAUGAUCUUUUUCGAAAUAUCGGGAGAAUGGUUCGAUUUAUUUUAGUGAAACUCGCUGUGAAUUUCUUCUUAUGUAAGACUCAUAUUUUGAUGAAACAAUCGAGUUCAGCCGUUUUGGACAAGGCGAGAAUUCUCGAGGGUCGUGGUACUAAAACUACAAGAACUUUUUAUUUGGUGGAUGAAAUAAAACUCAUUUUUUUAAUUAUUUGAUCACAAUUUUGUGCUCUUUGUAAUAUCUCGUAGCAUUCAUAGUUUUCACGACACUCAAGAAUUCACCACUUGCCCAAAACGGCUGAACGCGAUUGUUUCGUCAAACUAUGAACCUUACAUAAGAACACAUUCACAGCGAGUUUCACUAAAAUACAUCGUACCAUUUUCCCGAUAUUUCAAAAAGAUCAAUUUUUGAAGAGCUUUGACCAUCAAUAGCAGAGGAGGCAUUUUUUGUUAAUAAAAGUUAGGUCAGAUCGUCUUCUUUUGAUUGAAAGAAUAUAGAAGAAUAUAUAGUACCCUUUUGACCAUGUGCUUACGGGACACCCUGUAUAUUGCUAUCAUAAGAAGGUCUUGUUGCGUAAUUUUUAUGUGUUGCUGAUUAACCAACUACAUACACCAGAUAUUCUGUGAAUGGUAUUUUUACAGUGAAAAAAUUUCGUAAUUUCAAAACCAUUUACCAGACAUUUUCUAUUUACUCGGUGUUUUCUUAUUUAUUUUAUGUAACAUUUUUGUUGUUUGUUGACCUUGUUGAUGUUACGUUCAAUUCGUUUUAUACAGUAUGCUGGUGACAUCUUCGGCUUCCUUAAAAUCAUUAAUUUAGGUUAUCUAAUAUAUUUUUAAUAAAGCUUUAGCAAGGGCGACAAGAUUUAUUAUAUUUUUUUACCUAUUAUUUAGUCGACUAUGUAAAUAGAAUUUGUGGCUCAGUUUUCUUAAAGUUUUAUUACCACUGUACAAUGAAAAUUGCACAAAAUUAUUGUAAAAUGUUAUUUAAUUUGUACAUUUUGUUUAUAAGCCAGACUGUAAGAUUUAUGUGUAUUGUUUAAAAUUGUACACAUAGUUGAUUCAUAAAUUAUAUCCAGUUUUAUACAAAAG